AUGUCUGACUCCCACGCCAACGACCAGAGUGCCAGCAAGUCCACCGAAACAUUCUGGCCCCUUCUCCGUUCAGCCCUGAUGAGCCGUGAAGUCACCUUCUCCGACCUGGAGCUACAGUGUCCCAUCUGCUACACCAACAUGCCGAUUCCUGCCGACCCAGCCAGUGACGAAAGGAACGAUUGCAAUCACGGCCCUGUCGUUUACCCCUGCGGACAUAUGUUCGGACGCUCAUGCUUCGUAGAGAACAUCCUUUACAACACUGACAACGGUCGCGACGUCUCCUGCCCUGUAUGCAGAGGUAAGUUCAACUACACAAAGUGCAAGCAUCCCCACUACGGACUCAAGAUGCCUCGGGACAUAAAGGGCGUCGAGGAUUUCCCCACAAUUGUUCCUCGGGGUGGUGUCGUCUUUGAGCUCUGCUACCAAUGUCUCAUCGAAGCCACCUUGAAGACUGCUGGCGAAAAGCUUCGCGCUGACCCUGACUUACCCGAGGAUCUUCGCAAUCGUGCUACUGUCUCUAUCAGAGUCAAUGGGCAGACCUAUUAUCCCCAGGACACCAGAGGUAAGCUUGUAGACUUUGAGGCCCCUGAGGGAUUCAGGGGUUACGUCGCAGGACUCAAGGCUGGCCUGGCUUUCUAUGAGGACAGUGAAAUCCUCUGGAUGUCAGGUAAGAGGCUCCGAGACAUGGAGGUCAAGUGCCAUAGUUGCCCUCAUCUGCAGUUGGAAGGCCAUGAGUAA